GCGCGUAAACGGCAGAAAGUCACGCGAGCUUGCGACGUCUGCAAAUCAAGAAAGAAACGCUGCACCGGCGAUCAACCAUGUGCGCCAUGUAUUAAGGUGAGAGGUAGAUGCACGUACGAGGCUCAGUACAAUAGAGGAAUUGCUAUUCCUCCGUCUCCUGCGUCAUCGGGAUACGUUCAUUACCCAACUCAAACUGCAUCUAAUCAAAUCACAUCUGGACCUCUACACUCGGUCACUCAAGAACCUUCCGGUGUUCACCAGACUCCUUCUCAAAACGGCGGGACGGGCCAAUCAGCUAGAAGGCAAUCCUCUAGGGAUGCUCCGUCGUCUCGUGUCCAGCCAGAACACGAGACAGCUACUGAUUUGUUAGUAUCAAUUCACCCUUCUCUGGACGCACCAGAAGCAGCCGGAACUAUCAACGAACAGUACCUUGGACCUUCCAGUGCUCAAUCUUUCUUGAAUCAAGCAUUAAGAAGCUCCGACCAGGCACAGAAUCUUCUUACACGCCCCUUGUCGAGUGCCGAAACAGACACAUCAACCUUAUCAUUCGGCGAUGCAACAAUCGACCGGCCAGACAUCACGCAGUUUGUUUGGCCUGAUCACACGGUUGCCAGCCAGCUUCUUGAUAGGUACUUCGAAUUUGCAUCACCAACAUAUCGAUACAUGCAUGAACCUACCGUACAUCGAUGGCUGGAUCGAAUCUACGACAAAGCCGAUGUGCCAAUUUCUGCUCAAGCGUGUAUCUUACUGAUAUUUGCCUCUGCCGCCGUGUUUACUAUCAACUCCGAUGGUGACACGAUCGAUGCCAGUCAUCGAGGCUGGCAAUCGAGCGAGAUGUAUUACCGAAAAGGGGAAAAAUUGCUCUCAACAGAGAGUGGUCCACCGCGCCUCGAGUCUGUCCAGGCUAGAUUCGCGGCAGUUCAAUAUCUGCUCUCUUCGUCAAGACCGAACAAAGCUUUAUUCACGUUCGGUACGAUGGUUCAGCUCAUGCAAGCUGUGGGUAUGCAUCGUAAGACGGUCGAAAGAUCUGGCAGCACGGCUUUGGACUCAAUAAUAGUACAGAUGCACAGACGAUUGUUCUGGUGUGCUUUUACUCUAGACAAAUACUUGAGCAUUAUAAUGGGUCGUAUGCCGUUGCUUCACAUCGAUGACACCAAUCAAGCAUUGCCGAUGGCAGUGAAUGAUGAGGAUCUCACUGCUGAAGGUGUACGACAGCAGACCUCAGCGCACGGUCGAGACUGCCUUCUUCAAGCCACCCUUGCUCAUAUUAAGAUUGGUAUCGUUCUUGCCAGAGCUUCGCAAGAACAAAAUCGUCUGCCAACGGUCACUGAACGUUCCCACGUCGAAGCAGCCAUCUGUAGAGGUCUGGAAGUUCAAGAUUGGCAAUCAACGCUACCGCCAAUCUUAUCUGGCGUGAUUCACCCCAGCAGUCUCAUACCAAGUUUCAGGCGCCAACACUCUAUUCUUACUUUGGCACGUUUACAUUCUAUUAUGUUUAUCACCCGAACACUUCUCCUACGAGACCUCUCCACGAGUCUGUCCGAGUCAGAGGUUCACCAAUACCGAGAUCAACUGCGUACCUGCAUCCGUACAGCACGAGACGUCGUAGAUCUCAUCAGCAGUUCACCACAAAACCGGGUACUGUUCCCAGCAUUCUGGUUCUCGCAGUACAUUGCCUUCUCUGCGAUUUCGAUAAUUCACAUAUACAUCAUUCAGUUGAGCCGUCAUCGUAUUCCCACAGACUUAUUUGGCACAGACUUGAACAAGGGCAACAUGAUGACUGUUGAAAGCUUAUACCAGCUAGCAAAAGUGGGACAGGGCCAUCUAGCCGAAGCAGGACUCAAGAGUGCACCGGUCUGGCGAUAUGGCCCUAUCCUCGAAAGUCUC